AUGCCUACAUCAAGGCGUGACAAAAGAGUUGAACUUACGAAAGUUCAGAAACAUGCUCCCAAAAAGAAAGAUCACAUUAAAAAGGUUCGUGAGUAUGUGGACAGUUACAAUCGAGUUUACGUGAUCAAUUUGCAUAAUCCACGCACUCAGAAGGUUUCAGAGAUGCGAAAAAAUAUGCCUGAAGUCAAGCUUUUGUUCGGUGUGAACAAGGUGACGGCUUUGGCUUUUGGUAAAACUCAUAAGGAUGGUUAUCGACCGAAAAUACAUCAUCUUUGUAAAUAUUUAAAAGGACAACGUGCUCUUCUGUUCUCACAGUUGACGCCUUCUGAACUUCGCGACCAGCUUGACACUUUUCGCUCGUCAGAAUACUCAAGGCCAGGGGCACCAGCUGAACAGACUGUACGAAUUGCUGCCGGUCCCUUACAAAAAUUUCCUCAUACAAUGGAACCCAUAUUGCGUCAAUUGGGCAUGCCUGUCAAGUUAGUCCGAGGUGUUGUUCAUUUAGAAAGAGAGUAUCUUGUUUGCAGUAAAGACGAUAUCCUUACUCCAGAACAGUGUCGUAUUCUAAAAUUAUUUCAGGUUCAAAUGUCUGAAUUUCGUGUUGUCCUGCUUGCAGUAUGGGCAGUUAAUGAAGGUGUAGAAGAGUUAGAACAGAAAGACAGUUAUGCUAUGCGUACAUCACUUCAUCCUGAGGUCCUUAUUGUUUGCAAACAGUUAGAUGAUGGUCAGUAUUAUUUCAUCCCACAACCCUUCGAAAAAAAAGAUAAGUCCAAUAAAUCUAUAGAGGUCAUGGAAGAAGAUUAG